AUGAAUAUAUUUAUAUUAUUGAUUUUAUAGCCAUGUCUAAUGAUAUAAUUAUUAGAUGGACUGAUAGUAUUGGAAUAUCAAUUUGUUGACUAUAACAAUAUUUAGUUUACAUUAAUGUGUAAAACUUAAUACUGGUGUUUAAUAGGAUUUGGUAUUACAUAUUCAAAUGCUGAUAUAAUAAGGAUGUCUAAUGUUAAUGGAAUAUUAAACAUUGAAGAUGCUCUUGAGUAGACUUAAACUAAAUUCACAUCUCCCACUAUCGAUACUCAGCAAGAUAUAUAUAUUUUAGAGGCCUCAAUGAAUGAUACUUAUUUAUAUUCUACAUUUUUGAAAUCAACUAACUCUGAUGAUCCUACAGAUGAAUUAAUAGACUCAUAUUCUAAAAUUGAAAUGUUCUAUGCAAUUAAUGAGUUGGAUAUUAAUUUUAAUUCCUAUACUCAAUAUGGGAGGUUCUAACUUUAGAGUUACUAAUGUCAUUAUACUUGUGCAACAUGUGAUGGACCAUUCGCUUAUUAAUGCACUAAAUGUACCGAUACUAACAUCUAAGUUUUGAAUGGUCGUUGCAACAUAAAUUAUUAUAAUAAUGUAACUCAAUUGUUCAAUGAAUAAAUCUUAAUAAAAGAUGAAUUUAUCUUAGAGUGGGAAUAUGAUAAAAAUGAAAACAUCAUAUUGCAAAUAUAAAUAUUGAAAUGUGAUUGGUUUGGGUUAGGAUUCAAUAGUGAUAAGUAAAUUAUACAUUAUAAUAUAGAAUGUUGAAUACUGAUAUGCUUCUAAUUAAAAUUGAAACAGCCACCAUCAAUAAUGAUAAUGGAUAUUAUAUUUAGAUUGAUGAUAUGUUUGGAAACUAGAAUAUGGUGCCUUAUUCAGAUACUCAAUUAUAUGGAACACAAGAUUGGGUUUUAGAUAGCUUUAUUUAUAAUAAUUCUACUGAUUUAUUUAUUAUAAGAGUUCAUCGAAAAUUGAAGACUUCUGAUAAAUAUGAUUAUGACUUUUCAUUAAAAAAAGACAUAUUGUCUAUUUAUGCUUUUGGUCGAGAUGGAUAAUAAUAUCAUGCUGCUAACAGAGGAGCAUUUCAAUUUGAGUUAUCGAAGAAUAAUCAAUCUUUUUAAAAAGACUAUUGGGAUUAGUUAAUUUAUAAUGGCCACAUCAUUCUUAUGUUAUUAUUUUGGUCUUUUAUUUCUGAUGUUGGCAUCUUUUAUGGAAGAUAAUUAAAAAGCUAUCCAAAAUAUGUUAGGGUUCAUGGCAUGAUAUUCUUAUUUUUAUCAAUAGCAACAUACUUUUUUGUAUUUGGAAUGAUAUCCUAACAAUAAAAAAAAAUCCAACAAUUAGGAUAUUAAGAAACUAAAAUAAUACUUCAUUUUAUUCUUGGAGUACUUAUUUUAUUAAUACUAACUAUACAAAUAUUUUUAGGACUGCUAGCCAGAAAUAAUUUAGAGUCAAAUAAUGGAACUUAUCUAAUAUACAAAGUUAAAUAUAUACAUAAAUAUCUCGGUUAUUUGCUUUAUAUAAUAACAAAAAUAUAAGUUAUUAUUGGAAUAUCCAUAUUUGAUUCAUCUUAUAUAGGAAUAUUUAUUAUAUAUUAUAUUCUAUUGUUCCUACUAAAAUUCACAAUAGAAAUGCUCUAUUAUUAUUAAGUGUCUGCAAUAACAAGAAAAAGAAUAAAAUACAGUUAAAUUGAAUAGGAUCAAUAAACUCUUUAUGAGAGUAUAAUUGAAAAACUUAAUACAGGAACUUCAUAUUAAGAAAUGAUUGAAGAUUAUCCUAAAAUUACUUACAUUAUUCUACGAGAGGCAGUAUAUGAUGUAAGUGAUUUUAAUCAUCCAGGAGGAUAAUACAUAUUUAGAAAAAUUAAGGGUAGAGAAAUUGGACGAUAUUUUUAUGGGUCUUAUCCAAUUAAGGAUACAUAAUUACAUAAGCAUUCUCUAUUUGCAAUUAAUUAUAUCGAAACACGUUAUUUAGGAGAUUUUAAGAAUGAAUCAUGUCCUUUACUUUAUACAGUAACAGAAACAAAGAAACCUUAACACAUUUGGACUUUACAAGAGGUUAAGUCUAUGGGAACGAAUGUUUCACUUUUUAAAUUCAUUAAUUAAGAUUUUAAAGUUAAUUAAACAAUUUAAGGAGUAUCAUGGUUUGGUAGAUAUUUUUAUAUUAAACCCUAUGGAAUAGGCUUAGAAUUCUAAGAAAGACCAUAUACAGUUGUUUCAUGUUUAAAUGAAUUAAAUAUUAAAUAUAGAUAUGAAUUGAUUGAGUAUUUCAAAUAAAAAGAUUGGACUAAACCUCUACCUUAAUAACCUCAAUUAUCAAAUACACUCCAGUUUGUAAUUAAAAAAUAUAAUGGGUAAAAAAAUCUAAGUAAAUUUAUUCAUUCUGCUUCUCAUAAGAGAUUUGAAAUUACAGGGCCUUAUGGUUUCGGAUUGGAAUUAGAUGAUAAUAGUGCUGGAGUGCAUUAUGUUUUUUGUUAAGGUACAGGCGUUUUACCCUUCCUUGAUCUAUGUGAUUAUCUUUUGAGAAAAAGCUUAUUUUCUAUCAUGUAUCAAGAUGGGUUACCAAAUUCAUAAUAAUAUACUCAUUUAGAUAAAUUUAAAUUGGUUCUUAAUGUAUCUUCGAAAACUCCUAUUUUGGGAUACCCUAUAUUACAAGAUUUAGAGUAUUUAAACAAAUAACACAACCUCAAUUUAUUCGAAUUGCAUAUUACCAAAUUACAUUAUUCUAAAAAAGAUAUAUAAGAUAAAUUAAAAUAUCAAGCAGCUAAAGUUUAUGUAUGUGGAUUCCAAUAAUUUGAAGAUGAUAUUAUUGAAUUGCUUUAACAAUGUGGCGUCGACUCAAGAUUAAUUUUACAAAUUUGA